CGGCGGGGGAGGGGAUGGCGCGGAGGGAGGGGGCUGGCGGUUCCUGGAGACGCCAGAGAAAGGAAGUUCCGGGACCCUCCCUGCUCUAGUGUCCACCUCCGCUUCCUGCCUCACGCUGCACCCCAUCCCCAGAGCCAGGACCCCCCUACCGGCUUGGGAAAUGUGACCUUUACUCUGGGGGGGGGGCCUGGCCCUGCAGGCCCCGGCCUUCUUUCAGCCCUGGGGGGCCCCUCGGGCCUCUGACCCUGACCCCCACGUGGGCCAGACUCUGGAAGCUGGCCCUUGGGACUGGGCCACGGGCACAGCCAACACCUGUCCCAGCCCCACCUGUGCCUGGGGCCCUGGCCCUUCCCUACAGGGCACUCACCAUGGCCCCGCCACUCCUGCUGCUGCUGCUGGCCAGUGGAGCGGCCGCCUGCCCCCUGCCCUGUGUCUGCCAGAACCUUUCCGAAUCGCUCAGCACCCUCUGUGCCCACCGAGGCCUGCUGUUUGUGCCACCCAACGUGGACCGGCGCACAGUGGAGUUGCGGCUGGCUGACAACUUCAUCCAGGCCUUGGGGCCACCAGACUUUAGAAACAUGACAGGGUUGGUGGACCUGACGCUGUCCCGAAACGCCAUCACCCGCAUCGGGGCCCGCGCUUUUGGGGACCUGGAAAGCCUGCGCUCCCUGCACCUGGAUGGCAACAGGCUGGUGGAGCUGGGCGCCGGCAGCCUACGGGGCCCUGUCAACCUGCAGCACCUCAUCCUCAGUGGCAACCAGCUGGGCCGCAUCUCACCUGGGGCCUUCGAUGACUUCCUGGACAGCCUAGAGGACCUGGACUUGUCCUACAACAACCUGCGGCAGGUACCCUGGGCCGGAAUCGGUGCCAUGCCUGCCCUGCACACCCUCAACCUGGACCACAACCUCAUCGAUGCACUGCCCCCGGGUGCCUUUGCACAGCUCGGCCAGCUCUCCCGUCUUGACCUCACCUCCAACCGCCUGGCCACACUGGCACCCGACCCGCUCUUUUCCCGGGGGCGCGACGCAGAGGCCUCGCCUGCCCCCCUGGUGCUGAGCUUCAGCGGGAACCCCCUGCACUGCAACUGCGAGCUGCUGUGGCUGCGGCGGCUGGCCCGGCCUGACGACCUAGAGACGUGCGCCUCCCCUCCAGGCCUGGCUGGCCGCUACUUCUGGGCAGUGCCCGAGGGCGAGUUCUCCUGUGAGCCUCCCCUCAUUGCCCGCCACACACAGCGCCUCUGGGUGCUGGAGGGCCAGCGGGCCACGCUGCGGUGCCGGGCCCUUGGCGACCCUGCGCCCACCAUGCACUGGGUUGGCCCCGAUGACCGGCUGGUUGGCAACUCCUCUCGAGCCCGGGCUUUCCCCAACGGGACCCUGGAGAUUGGGGUGACAGGCUCUGGGGACGCGGGGGGCUACACGUGCAUUGCCACCAACCCUGCUGGUGAGGCCACAGCCCACGUAGAGCUACGAGUGCUGGCCCUGCCCCAUGGUGGGAAUGGCAGCACUGAGGGGGGCCGCCCUGGGCCCUCGGACAUUGCUGCCUCAGCCCGCACUGCUGCUGAGGGCGAGGGGACACUCGAGUCUGAGCCGGCUGUGCAGGUGACGGAGGUGACUGCCACCUCAGGGCUUGUGAGCUGGGGGCCGGGGCGGCCAGCAGACCCCGUGUGGAUGUUCCAAAUCCAGUAUAACAGCAGCGAGGACGAGACCCUCAUCUACCGGAUCGUCCCAGCCUCCAGCCACCACUUCCUGCUGAAGCACCUAGUCCCUGGUGCCGACUAUGACCUCUGCCUGCUGGCCCUGUCACCUGCCGCUGGACCUUCCGACCUCACAGCCACGAGGCUGCUGGGCUGUGCCCACUUCUCCACACUACCGGCUGCACCCCUGUGCCACGCCCUGCAGGCCCAUGUGCUGGGCGGGACCCUGACCGUGGCCGUGGGGGGUGUGCUGGUGGCUGCCUUACUGGUCUUCACUGUGGCCUUGCUGGUUCGGGGCCGGGGGGCCGGGAAUGGCCGCCUCCCCCUCAAGCUCAGCCACGUCCAAUCCCAGACCAAUGGAGGCCCCAGCCCCACGCCCAAGGCCCACCCGCCACGGAGCCCACCACCUCGGCCCCAACGCAGCUGCUCCCUGGACCUGGGAGACGCCAGCGGGUGCUACGGUUAUGCCAGGCGCCUUGGAGGGGCCUGGGCCCGGAGGAGCCACUCCGUGCAUGGGGGGCUGCUCGGGGCUGGGUGCCGGGGGGUGGGGGGCAGCAUGGAGCAGCUGGAGGAGAGUGUGGUGUGAUGGGAAGGGAGUCAGCCCAGGGUGGGCUGGGGAAGGGGCAGAGGACAUGGGGUGGGCAGCUGCGGGGCCUGGUGGGUCAGCGCUGCCUGGGAGUCUCUCCUGAUUUUACCCUUGGUACCUCAGGCUCCCUUUGUACUUGGCAGGACAGGGGGCCCUAUCCCUGGUUCUGGCCUCCAGACCCGUGUUCCUCCAACAGGUGCUCACAGCCACCAAGGCAGGGGCUGCAGCCACCAAGCGGAAGUCUUGUUUUUCUUUAUAAUAAAAUUGUUGGGUACACCUCA